AUGGCUACCGUGGCGAGGAAGGAUACAGGUAGAGCCGAGUUACUCAGCUCUUUGGAUUCCGGCCGUGAGGAAGUGGCUAGAUUGAAGGAGGCCUUGAGGCACGCCGAGGAGUCCGUUACUCUUAUUGCAGAAGACCUGGCUGGAUUAGAGCGUUCUCGUGAACAGACGCUCGAGAAGCUGGGAUCUACACAGGAGAGAUUGGUGAAGCUGAAGAAUGAAGCCGCGAAGAUCUUAAGCAGUUCCGAAGACUUUGUCCGAGCUAGUCUGCAGGCAGAACUUGAGCAGAUCUAUGUAGACAGACUUUCUAGUUUAGAGUUCCGUGUUCUUAGCCCAAUGCAGGAAGAAAUUGAAGCUCUCCAUAAGAACAAGACUUGGAAACUUGUGUCACUGCCACAAGGAAGAAAGACCAUUGGAAACAAAUGGGUCUACAAGAUCAAGCGAAAUGGCGAUGAUCAGGUGGAGCGAUAUCGUGCUAUAUUGGUGGUAAAAGGAUAUGCUCAGAAAGAAGGUAUUGAUUUUAAUGAAAUAUUUUCUCUUUUAUCCUCCACGAUGUGUCCUAGCAGUGAAGAAGAGAGAAUGGAGAUGUCUCGAGUGCCGGAUGCAUCAGCAGUGGGAAGCUUAAUGUUCGUGAUGAUUUGUACAAGACCAGACAUUGCACAAGCAGUAGGAGUGGUUAGUCGAUACAUGGCGAAUCCUGGUAAAGAGCAUUGGAAUGCUUUGAUCGUGAUAAAUAGAAAAUCCACCACAGGUUAUGUGUUUGCACUUGCUGGCGGAGCUGUAAGUUGGGUUUCAAAACUGCAGUCAGUUGUGGCUACUUCAACAACAGAAGCAGAAUUUCACGUACGGGAGCCUGAGCCUGUGUUUGAUUUGAUUGAAAAUGGAAUAAAAGAAAGGAAAAGAGACGACAUAGUAAAAAUUUCCUCUGUCUGGACUCUGGUUAGAAAGAGAGAGAAAAAGAAAACGAAAAUGAGGGAAUCCAAAGAGGAAAAAAGCCUUCCAGUCUGCAGACUUUUAGACUUAGUGGAUGUUGGUGGAAAUGAGUUGGAUGGCAUUCUUCCAUGUACCGUAGGUAAUCUUUCAAGGACUCUAACAGUGCUUGAUGUUGGUGAUACUCAUAUUAAGGGGAAAAUUCCUGUUGAGCUGGGUAACCUGUCUGGAUUGACACAAUUAGUACUGGGCAAUAAUGAGCUAGUUGGAACAAUGCCGUUUGAAAUCACGACCCUACAAGGCCUGCAGUACCUAGGUUUGGCUAGUAACAGGAUACACGGUUCCGUCCCACAUGAGCUCGGCCGAUUGAGCAACUUGGACACACUCGACCUCGGUGGCAAUAGUCUUUCUGGAUCGAUACCUGACUCACUGGGCAACAUCACUGGACUAGAGAGAUUAACACUUUUUGCUAACAGGUUAUCCUCAACAAUUCCUGAAACUAUUUGGAGUCUGACUCGUCUACAGAUCUUAUAUCUCUCACAAAACCUUCUCACUGGAUCGCUGCCAUUAACACUGUGGAACAUGCAGGGCUUAUAUGCAUUUGAUGUAUCAGUAAAUCAGCUGUCGGGUGACCUUCCAAGUCCUCCAAAGUAUCUCGAAAUCAAUUAUUUAGAUCUAUCAAAUAACUCAUUCGACGGGCACAUUCCUAAAUCAUUUGGUAAUCUCAUUAACCUUGAUGUCUUGAACCUUUCUUGCAAUAAGAUCACAGGUGUUAUACCCGAGUCCUUGAUCAAUCUUCGACAUCUCAGCAUCCUUAACUUAUCUUUCAACAUGUUAGAAGGAAAGGUUCCAAAUGUUGGUGCCUUUAUGAAUGCCAGCAUCAUGUCUUUGGAAGGAAAUGCGGCAUUAUGUGGAGCACCCAGAUUUGGCUUUCCAUCUUGCAAUGUAAUUGAUUCUAGAGUUUCUAAUUCACGGAGGCAUUUCUUGAGAUAUAUCCUCCCUGUUAUUGCUUCUGUCGGAAUCCUUGUUCUCUGUUUUUGCAUCUUAUUAGGAUUACGUAGAAGGAGAGCCAAGAGUCUAGCCCCUACUAGCAUGCUCUCUCCUACUAAGCAUAGAUUGAUCCCCUACUACGAGCUUGUUCGUGCCACUGACAACUUCAGCGAGAUAAACUUACUCGGAAGGGGUGCAUUUGGUUCUGUGUACAGAGGGCUUUUAGAUGACGGCCUUCUUGUUGCCAUCAAGGUCCUGAAUUUGGAAAUCGAAGGAGCUUCAAGGAGUUUUGAUGCUGAAUGUCGUGCUUUGAGGAUGGUUCGACACAGAAAUCUUGUUAGAAUCAUCAGCGCUUGUUCCAACUUGGAUUUCAAGGCACUCGUCCUCCAAUUCAUGCCCAAUGGAAGUCUAGAAAGAUGGCUAUACUCCCAUAAUUACUGCUUGAGCCUACUCCAAAGGAUUAAUAUAGUAGUCGAUGUAGCGUCAGCUCUAGACUAUCUUCACCACCACCAUCCUGAGGUUAUACUGCAUUGUGAUCUAAAACCGAGCAACAUCCUUCUGGAUGAAGAAAUGAGUGGGCACGUGAGUGACUUUGGCAUUGCAAAACUACUGAGUGGUGUCAGCCUGAGCGGAACCUCAGCAAGCACGGCAGGAACAAUUGGCUAUAUUGCUCCAGAGUUUGCAUCAACAGGAAGGGUCUCUACAAAGGGAGAUGUCUACAGCUUUGGAAUAUUGUUGCUAGAAACCUUUACGAGAAAGAAGCCUACUGAUCCUAUGUUUACUGGGGAAUCAAGCUUGCGACGAUGGGUAGACGACGCAAAUCCUACCGGCCUGUUAGAUAUUGUGGACUGCAAUCUCCUGAAAGAUGAAAAUGGAAAUGAAAGGCCAAAGAGCUACUUAAUUUCAACACAAGCGUGUCUAUCUUCAAUCAUGGAGUUGGGGAUUAUUUGUUCAAGUGACUUGCCUAAUGAAAGGCUUGCUAUGAAAGACGUUGUCCCACAGUUGCAGAAGAUCAAGAUGAAGUAUAUGUCUGACCCUUUUGUUGCUUGAAACAUGAAUUUACUUAUAUGCAUACGGGUUUCUUGUCAGUUAUAUCAAGAGUAAUGUGUAUUAUGAAUUCAGAAGCAACUAUGAGA